AUGGCGACCUCUGGUGAAGGCAGCGACCGCAGUGGCAGAAUGAUGGCCCGGCCCCUGGCGCAGGUGCGGCAGCUGGAGACUCGGGCGGCCCGCAGACGCCUGUCCCAGGCCCGCCACCGGGCUACUCUGAAAAGACUCUUCAAUAACCUCAGGAGAAUCGUUUACCACCAGUCUGAUAUCACAGCCUCAAAGUGGCAGGUUUUGAACAGGGCGAAGAAUCAUAUUCGGGAACAGGAAAAAAUCUUGGAUCAUCUGCUGAAGGUGAAAGAAUCCUUCAACCUGGAGGAUGGGAAUGCAAACAGCUUAGAGGAGGUCAAGGAAAUGUAUGCCAACAUGUUCUCCAGAAAUCACAGCCUGUGCCCAAAUAAGGUUCAUCCAAAAGACUUUGCCCACUCAUGCCCAUUCGAGGCAAUCUGGAAUGAGACUGAGGAGGAAGAUGAGGAGGAGGAAGAUGAGGAAGAUGAGGAGGAAGACCAAGAAGAGGAAGAAGAAGAGGAGGAGGGAGAGGAGGAGGAGGAGGAGGAAAAAGUGGAGCUCUUACAUUCCCCGGUCACUCUGUCACCAGACCUCAUGGAGUUUGAACGGUAUCUCACCUUUUACAAGCAGACGAUGGACCUUCUGACCAGAAGCGGGAUCGUCUCCUCGCAGGAGGUGACACUCCCUGUGGUGUCUGCGGCCAUCUCCCACCUGUGGCAGAACCUCUCCGAGGAGAAGAAGGCCAGUUUCCUGGAGGCCUUGGCGCAGAAGCACAGCAGCCUCCCGGGCCUCGAAGGGGCCACCCAGGAGCCAGCCUGCGCUGAGGGCAGCAUGAAGGACAGUGGAGUUGAUAGCCAAGGGGCCAGCUGCUCGCUCAUGUCCACUCCGGAGGAGUUUCUUUUUGAGGAUGUGUUUGACGUGGCGUGUUUUCUGGACAAAAAUGAGGAUCCAAGUCCAUCUAGCUCCAGUUCCUUGUUUGCCAGCUGCCACCCAGAGAACCCAGAAGAGAAGUUUCGGCUCUAUACGCAGAUCAUCGACUUCUUUAAUGGCCUUUGCUGUGCUAAUACUCAGCUGAAACAGGAACCAGGCCCUCCUCCCAUGGACGAUGAGCUGUUGAUGCUGCAGUGUAUGGAGACCUUUGACGACGAAGAUCUGUAAUGCAGCACAG